UCCAGCACUGAAACGUCAAAAUAGAAUAGCCAUCAAUCAAAACAACAGAACAUUUGUUUUAAAAAGAAACGAGCGUAAAGAAUUGCAAAUAAACAAUAGAGAUUUUUUGGAUCCAACCGGAAUCUCGCAAAUGAUGAAACCCGAAUGAACAGUGCAUAUUAAUAAAGGAUGGACCAAUUUUGAGGGGCUGGAAAAUAGGCGUAGCCUCGUGCAAGUACUGCUAACAAAAUAUUGUUUACAACCGAAAUAACAAACAAUCGAAUAAGAAAUGGAUUUCAUAAUACCGACGAUCAAGAAGCUGAAGAACAUCAACACUGACAACAACAAUUUCAUCAAGCCCAAUGAGGAGCGAACAUGUUCUUAUUCCAUGAAAAUCUUGAAGAAUUUAAAUAACUUGAGGAUUGAUGAGAGGUUCUGUGAUGUGGAGAUUCAAUCUCAAAAUAGAACUUUUAAGGUUCAUAAAGCUAUUUUGGCAUCAAGUUGCCCAUAUUUCCAUGCAAUGUUCACUGGUGGUCUCUGUGAGCAGAAUCAGCAUUUUGUAGAGCUUCCAACAAUUCCUGCAUACAUUUUAGAACUAGUCAUCAACUUUAUCUACACGGGUGAAGCCAACAUCAACCAGAAUAAUGUACAAGAUCUCUUUGUGGCUGCUGAUAUGCUGGAACUGCAUGAAGUUGUUCUAUCUUGCUCUGAAUUUCUUGAGAAGGAACUGCAUCCAAUUAAUGCCAUAGGCAUUUACAGAUUUGCGGAAGCGCAUAAUUGUAAACUGUUGACGAACAAAUCGGUGCAAUAUAUCGAGUCGCAUUUCGUUCAGGUGAGCGAGGAGAAAGAGAUUUACGAACUGCCCAAAGAGCUGCUAUUGAAAUUCCUCACAUCGGAGUACUUGUGCGUCGAUUCGGAAUUUCAGGUGUUCCAAGUGGCGAUCAGAUGGAUCAUGAGCGAUAUCGUAACGAGGCGACGCUACGUUUUCGAAAUACUUAAACACAUCCGUCUACCUUUACUCUCCUUAGGUUUGUUAGAACGCUCUAUACCGGCGUGCAACGAUAGUAGCUUAAGGGUGGCGCUGCGUUCCGUUCACGAUGAUCUGAAGAACCGCAAGGGUUGUCUGGUGCCUUUAUCGGUGAAACCGCGACUCUGCGCCAAAAAGGACAUCUACAUGAUCGGAGGUUCGAAACGAGAAAGGUAUCCCACCUUCCGACAACGAUCUGAAUUGAAUUACGCUGCCGUUGAGAAGUUCGACGUGUUCAAAAGGGCAUGGUCGAGGGCUCCUGAUAUGAGCGUGAACAGGAUCGUGCCAGGCGUGGCUACACUCGAUGGGCGGAUCUACGCUAUAGGCGGUGAACAGGAGACGAACAGUUUAUCCUGCGGCGAGUGUUUUGAUCCCGAAGAAAACGCCUGGACGAUGAUUGCUAAUAUGUCGGUGCCUCGGUGCGAUUUCGGCCUUUGCUCUAUCAAUGGUUUCUUGUAUGCACUCGGCGGGUGGAUGGAAAACGAUCUACUCAGCACCAUAGAGCGGUACGACCCGAAAUUGGACGAAUGGCGUUCGGCAGGAAAUCUGCCGCAUGCUCGAUUCAGCAUGGGCGUCGUCAGCUAUGAAGGCUUGAUUUACAUGGUGGGCGGAUGUUCGCAACACGUGCGCUAUUUGCAAGAUUUUCUCAGUUACAAUCCCAGUACCGGGGUGUGGCGUUCGCUUCCGCAAAUGACGGUUGCACGUUCGCAGAUGGGCGUGGCCGUGCUGAACGACCACCUCUACGUCGUGGGCGGAGACCACAAAGAUCAAGUUCUGAGUUCAGUGGAGAAGUAUUCGUUCAAAAAGAAUAAAUGGACGAGCAUACCCAAAAUGAACAUGGCUCGGAGUAGACCGGCUGUGGCUGCGGUGGAUGGUCUUUUAUACGUGAUGGGCGGGUACCAGAACCACGACCAUUUCUACCGAUCGCAGUACACGAUAGCAGCGAUGGAAUGCUACGAUCCGACCACGAACCAAUGGACGGAUUGUCCGGAUUUACCCGAUUCACGAGCCGAGGGCAGCGCCGUAAUCGUUUAGUGAAAAGCACGCAACCGAAGAAUAACAUAAGUACUAACCAAAGUAAAAGGGGGGGCCAAAUUUACUACCUUAAAGAAACCAACUGAAAACAAACAAAUAUGGCCUGCCAAUAAUACAAAAAACAACAAAAAAAUCAUAUUUAAACAUUAGACGUAAUUGAAUUGUGGUGAAAGAAAUGAGAGUGUA